ACUGCAUAUAACACAGCAAGCAAUAAAUGCACUUUAAUGCAAUUGAAUAGUAAUUUGUUAAAGCCGUCAUUUUGAAUAAAUGGUGCAGAUUUGAAGCAUUUGGUGGCAGCAGUCCUGAAGCACGCGGACAUACGUAGAGAAGACGGAGACUUUCCUUCAGUGACGCUGAGCUGCACAACAACAAGCCUCUCCUUCAGCUGGCUUUCCACACUUGACUAUCCUCAAUUUGAGUCCGUAGCCUACGAACUACAUUUUUUUUCCUGCACACUGCAAAGAAAAAACUCUGCGUCCUCCAGGCACCGCGAUCCGUCAUGAACUCUGGAAGCAGGCACUGAUACGAGACAGAGAUGCUGAUGUCUGGGACGCUCCAUCGCCUCCUCCUGGCUGGGACCUGUCUCUGUGUCUACGGUAACCCUGUCCACCUCCCAAACUUCACCCCCACACAGGACAGUGACUGUAACGGGCAGUGUGCUGGCUCAAUAACAACUGUUGGGUCAACGCACACUUCAGAUGUAAAAUAUGAACCUUCAGAUACAAAACAUGUGACUGGCCUGAUAUUGAAUGUAGGUGCAGAAGAGGGAGGGGCUGCCCCACAUGGACGACCUGAGGGGAUAGCUCCAGUGACGCAGACAGGAAACGGGGACAGCUUUGAUGGAAGAUCUGGGCCGAGUGAGGCUGGCAGAGAGGCAUGGAGCCAAAGGAGCGGGGUAAAGAAGCUCGGGAGCUCGUCUGAGAUGGGAGACGGUCAAAGAGAGUCAGAUGCAGCUUCAGAGCUGUCUGUUGAUUCAGAAGGUAAAAAGGAGGACACACCUGUCAUCAGUGAGUCUGUGUUAAGUCCUACAGGUGAGAAGAAGCAGUUGGACACAGUGGUGAGUACCACUCCAGAUGGAUUUUUAGCCUCCUCGAUAGCACCGCUACAGCUGAGCGUCGCAGCCAGGGAGGACAAAGACCAAAGUGAGGAGGACAAAACAAGUAAUGGCGAGUCUCUCCAGGAUAAAGACCCGGAAACAAGCUUUCCAUCUUUGACAGAACCACAGAUACAGAAACUGACCUCCCACAGUCCCAUCCCUCCCUUGGCCUUUGGCACCCCUCGGACCUCCACACAUUUGUCAAUUUGGGGCCAUGAUGGAGCAACAAUAUCCUCGCUCCCAGACCCCCUGCUACCUGAAAUCGGACCCAACCUGAUGCCCAGAGAGGAUGGACCAGAAAGCCUGUGGACUGAGGCGGCAAGGCCCGGUGGAGUGGACACUGUGGUCCCGCCGUCUCAGGAUGAAGCCACAGAGGGCACCAUGUCGUCAGAGGCGCUGCCUCUCAUCUUUGAGCCUUUUGAAGAUGUCACAGCAGAGGGGGCGGCGGCUGAGGCCGUGGCAGCGGUCACACUGGUGCCGGGCAGUGCUCAGCCUCCUGCUGCCAUGGCGACCGGAGGAAUGCCUCAGUCAGAGGUGGACCUGGACCAGCUGGUCACCGUGGAGACAGACAGCGAUGGUCCCUCGCAUGCUCCACCCCUGCUGAUGCCAGACUGGACGUCACCUUGGCAGACGUCUGGCGGAGAGCUGCUGGAGCCAAUCAGCUCGGCAGGUCCGUCUGUUUCACAGCAGCACGCCGGAACUGAGGCGCAGGAUCACUCUGAGAGAGAUGCUGUGAGGACACCAAACCUUGAGGAAAACUUGCCCACCAUCGGCCCCUCCUCCUCAUCCCUCCAGCAUGCUAUGACAACGGUAACCAUGGCAACCCAUCAUCCAGCGCACAAAUCCAGAUCAGGGUUGGAUGAGAUGGAGUCUGAGGAAGAGCAAGAUGAAGAUGAGGACGAUGAGAACUCUGAGGAAUCGGUGGAGAAUGAGAGCGAGGAGGACCUACCAGAAACACCUAAAACAUCCUCAACGCAGCCUCCGUACAGCCUCAUCCCUCCACCUCCAGUCUGGGUUCAACGCAACCAGGGGCUGAUGCGGAGCUGGGUAGAGCUGAUCAGAGAAAAGGCGGGUUAUGUGUCUGGGAUGUUGGCCCCUGUGGGCAUUGGCAUCACUGGGGCCCUGCUAAUCGUCGGCGCCCUCUACAGCAUCAGGAUGAUUCACCGCAAGAGGAGGAACAGCUUCAAACACCAGAGGAGGAAGGUCAGGCAGCCAGAGCAACCUCGAGAGCCCGGGACCAGCCGCCAGGACCAGGCCAUGCUGCUGGCCGACAGCUCUGAGGAUGAAUUCUGAUGAGACCCUUCUGGGCUCCUUUUAUCAGUGACCAGUGGCUGAUGUUCCUGUAAAGGAGGCUCGCCAAACACCCCCAUUGCCAUGACUACCGCAUCUCCAAUCACCCUGGGCCUGUUUGGCUAUGACUCAUCUGAUCCACAGUGUGACUGAGUAGGGCACAAUUUGCACAGGCUGCACAAAGGUCAGCUUUGUAUCCCCCUUUCUAAAAGUACUAAUGUGAGCACUUUUCUGAAUUCUGUCAGGUGAUGUUGACUUGGCAGGGUUGGCGUGAUGCACUCUGACAUAAAUGAUUUUGCUGCUUGUACGAAAAAAAGCAUUAGCAGGGUACUGGCGGGAUAAAAGUUUUGCUGGUAAAUUGUUGGAGUUGAGGGUGUGUUCGGGCCAGCAAGUUUUUCUGUCAAGUAAUAAAAAAGGGCUGUAGAAGAGGUACAUUACAUAAACAAUGUAAAUAUGUCUACUGUAUAUGUAGCUGACUUGGGGUCAGUCGUUUUAGUGUAAAUAAAGUUGUAUUCCUUGCUACACAUCUAGGAUAUUUAAAGGAGUUGUUCAACAUUUUGGGAAUUGAGUUCUUUGAUACCGCUCUAAUAUCUGUCCGUUAGCCGGAGCUAGGCGUCGGUUAGCUUAACUUAGCAUGAAGUUUGAAGAGAAAUAGCUAGCUUCACUCUAACUGAACCAACAACCGACUAUAAAGGCCAACAAAGAAACGUGUGUAUAAAUUGUACAACAAAUACAGUGUAAAAAACACAAUUUGCUGUUUUACAAUGGCUGUGUUGAACUAUUAUUUGGCUGAGAGAAGUGACUUCCUGUAGUCUCCAAACUGGUAGGAAGAUUUUGUUACAUUUGGACAGAGCCAGGCCAGCUAUUUCCCCCUAUUUCCAGACUGUAUGCUAACUCAGUCAUCUCCUGACUACUACAUUAGUUUCCUAUUUAAACUACAAGAAAGCAGAAGUCCCCCUCAUGUCAUGAAGAUCUUGAUCUGUCAUUUGCUUUGGAAGCAAGUGAAAGACGCAAUUUAUUUUCUAUCUGUGAUAUAUUGAUGUAAAUCAUGUCUCACAAUAUAUUUAAUAAAAUAUAAAAAUUGAAACAUAUUACAUACCUGUAUAGGAGAAAGAGGGCCAAUUCAGGAUCAGUUUUUAAUCCUUUUAAAUCCCACAAAUCUCUCCAUCUGUUCAAAGACCGGCUGGUUGACUCCUGUUUUUUGCCGUUUUGCAAUGUCCCUUUGAGAUUUAUUUGUUCUUUGGUCAAUUCCUUGCCUUUUCUCUUUACUGUUCCUGCCCCCUAUCAGCCAUAAGCACAAAAUAUGUUAAAAAUACAUUUCUCUAAAUAAUCUCCUCCUGCUUCCUUUAACUGGCUAAUGUGCUACUCGCUGCCAAACUCUGUCAGGAAAAAUGUAAAUAUAGGCUCUUCAAGCCAUGGACCAUAAAUUGUUUCAGCAGAUUUUGCUGGGAAUUGGAUCAGCAGACGUGCCUCAAAAAUAACUAUUAAAAUAUAGCCAUUAUUCUGACUGAUGGUCUCUUUAGCUUAUGUAGGUCAUUGCGAGGCAUCAGAACUAUAUUGAGAGUUUCAUAACCAGUUAAAACUCCUUGUAGCUGAUUUAACAGACAGAUGGAAAAGUGGUAUCUAUCUUCUUGUCUAACUCUCGGCAAGAAACCGAAAAAGCAUGUUUCCCAAAAUGCUGAACUUAUUCCUUUAAGCAGUGUUUCCACACAUUUCAGAAACCUUCACAUACAAUUCAUUUAAAUCAAUACUUCAUUUAAAUGUGAAUUUUGUGGAAAUGUAAAUGUUUUAUUCAAUUUGUUCAUAAACGUUACUGUGAGAUGCACAUACAAAAUAUCAUAAUCCUACAAAAGUAUGUAGCAUAAAACAGAUUUUAAUGUACAAUAUAGAAUUCAUUGUUUUGCCACUUGCAUUUUUUUAAGUGCUUGACUUUUAAGCCCAUUCAUACAGGUCUGUUGCAGGGACUUCUUUCUAACGAGUGAAGGGUUUCUGUUGGCUGGAAAAGCACAAACACUGAAGACACUGGGGCGGAAGUUCAUAUUUUCACUUUUUUUUAAGCAGCUCAUUUUUGCACAAUAGUGGCUUUUGUGUGCUAAUCUGGUUCAGACAAGGACAGAUAAAGGAGACAUUCUGGCUGGGGUUGCAAAGGGUUGGAAAAAAAUCUGUCAAAUAUCUGCAAAGUUUCCAAGGGAAGGGAAGUUGGGAAAUGAUUGCACAAUGUAAAUUUAAAAAUGUGAACCUAUUAAUAGUGAACAAUCUAAAACAGGAAUUAUAGGUCUUAUGGCAUGUUUUAGUGAAAUGUCAAUGUCAAACUUGUACAGAUCAUUUGCAAGCAUCCCAUUAAAAAGUAGUUCAAUAAACUCAGUUUACGUAACACCUUCUGUUAGCUAAUUACCAUGUGGGAUGUGGCUUGAUUGAGCAUCCUAGUUAAGAAGUUUAAAUUAAUGUGUCAUUAUUUAUUGUAUUUUAUCAAGUAGUUAUUCACCUGAAACCCUAACAAAAAGUUAGCACACGAUUUUUAAGGUACAUUUCCCCAUUGGUGAGCUAACUUGCUAGGUAGCUAAUCCACAAGAUGGUACAUUUCACAGUUUUUGACAAAUGAAUGUGUUAAUUUGGCAAAUAAAUGCAUUAUGUAUGCCUAUAUAAUAAAUACAGCUUUAACUGUAUAAUUCACAUGGAAAGUUUCCCCCUUGAAUGUUCCUGGAGUGGCCUAAACCAAAGUACACAAAUCAUAACCUGUCAACAUAUGUGCUAGUUUAUGCUAGCUAGCUGUUACCAUGUAGGAUGUAGUUAGAUUAAGCAUGUUUUUGCAAAUUCAUUCAUUUUAAUUAAUGUCUAUUCGUUUCUCAUUGUCAAACAUUUUUAUAAAAUAGUUCACUUUGAAACCUAUGUUAUCUACAUUGCCCACAUUGGCGUCUCAACUUUUCAAAGUACCUUAGCUCUAUUAGCUAACCUGCUAGUUAGUCAACUCUCACAUGGCACAUUCACACUGUAAAGAUUGCAUGGAUUGUCUCCUUAUGGUAUGGAUAAGCUUCUAUCUGCAUAUGACAUGGUGAAUAAAGCCUGGGCAGAUAGCCCUUAUACUAACACCUCAUUCUCUGUAAUUCCCACAGUAAAGUUUCCAACUUUAAUAUUCCUAUAAUUUUGCAACCCUAGUUUUGGCCUAAAAGUCUGGCCUAAGAAUGUCACAUUGCUGAGAAGCAAUUACAAAUAGUCAAAUUAAGACCUUCAGACAGAAAAGAUGCAAUGAAUAUUUGAACACUACUUAUUUGAGCCAUGUUUGUAACACCAAUAACUUUUUUUAAAAGAAGAUAUAUUUUCUGUAACUUCAUGAGCCAUCUGAUAUGCUUAAUGUACAACUGCCUGUUUAUAUGCAAUAAUACUGUUUUAGGGUAAGUGUGAUGUAAAAUAGUGGACACGAUUUUGUUUCUUUAUGUAGAUAUGAAACAGGAUGUGAUCAAAUAAACAAUUCUUUUAGAUGUC